UGCAUCCUUGUACUUGGCUUCUAUCAUGGCUUAACUAGUUCUAUUUUUUUGCAAUACUUUAUAGUGCUGGGGACAAAACAUGGGAUGACUUUGUCAGAUCUCAGAAACAUUACACGAUGGUGUCAUUGCCACCGAAAGACCUAGUUCUCUUGCGCCAGGACGGCUCGGCCCAGCAAGGUCCAAUUCUGGUGAAGUACUUGGCAGAACCUAUGCAAUUUCGUUCCAGAAAUGUGCUUAUCCAACUGUGCCGCAGGCAUUAUAGUGGUACUUCCUAUGGAGGCAAGAUCACUUCCAAGAAUAUCUUAUUUGACCGUUAUGGGAAUGUCCGUAUUGAUUCUGCCCCUGAAAGGUUUACUCAACAUUCGGCUAAAUUGGACUAUGAAGCAAUUGGUAAAAUAUUGGAUGAUUUGUUCCAAGACAAGGAAUAUCCAAUGCAUUUCUUCCAACUGGUCGACUUCCUAAGAUAUGGUCCUGCUGUGGACUGUCAAAGUGAGGCUGUGAUAGCAUUCGUGACAAAUCAUUCUUCAUUGCUUUCUCAUUACGUGAGGGUGUCAAUCAGUGAAAUUUUGGUUCAGCUGGUUGAACGACUUCACCCAGAUGUGAUGGCUGUCUUAGUAGAUACACUUGCUAAAUUUUCUUGGGUGAAUACUGCAAAGAAUGUUGCAGCAAUGAAUUAUACGUACUUUUACCAUUCUCGGAGCAAUCAAGAUGGGACACUUUGGGUUCCGUAUGUGAACGAUUGGGUCGGUUUGCUGAAGUUCUCAAAUAACUUUUUCAAGCAUCAUAAGUGGACCUCUUUAGAGAAGCUUGAUGCAGCUUUUUCGUUGAUGGAGAGAAGGAACUUUAUACCUCGAUUCCUGUUAACCAUUCUUGUGACUUUGAAAGACUCAGAGAAUCAAUGUCCUGCACUGAUACAGUCUUUUAUCGACCAAGUGGUUGGGAUGCUGGGGAAUAACGUAAUUGACCUCGAGAGGGGUUGACCUGCGGGUGGCUGGGAACCUGACUUCUGUUACUUUGUAAGCCUGGUUGUGUUCUAACAUGGCCAUCUAACAUGAAGUGAAGAUGGCAUGAAGUGCUGUUGCCAUGUAAUUGAUAUAUUAGGUGUUGGCUAUUGAGAAGUGUUGUUACCUUGUAAGCCUGCUGUUGUGAAGUGCUAUGAACAGUCUAACAUGAAGUGAAGAUGUAGGAAUACUUUGUAUUGGUCUUCUUGUGGCCAAAGAGUUAUUACUAGCGCCGACUGAGUGACAGUUUUGUCAGAUUGAUUGUAACUGUGGUUUUUGUUUCCUUUGCUAUGCUUUGUAUGAAAAGGAAGGAUAUUGUACGUGUGCGCUGGAGUUCAUUUGUUGGGGAGAUCUA